CGUGUACAGACAGAACGCCAGUAGUACGGCUUGGCUGCGGCCAUGUUGGCCGUUGGAAGUGUCAUUGUGAAGCUUCGAGUUGCGCUUUGGCAGUCGCCAUCUUGGUUUGGCCGUUGCCACUUUGGAUUGUUGGAGUCGGAAGUGACCGUAUUUGGACGAGGGGGUGGGGCAGACCAUGGCGGUAGCUUGUUUAGCACGGUGCAUUUACACCCUGUUGUUAUUAGUGAGAAUGCCAAUGUUGGCUGGCAUAAACAGGCCUAAAAUCGUAAUCAGACUGUUUGAUGGAUAUUUAAUUACAAUUAAUUCUUAAUAAGACUGUUUAUAAGAGACCACAAGUUGUAGUUAAUUUUAGUGAACUGAACACAUUGAUAUAGCAUGAACAUGUUAUUCUAAAUCUUAUAGUAGCAUUAUAGAGGCUAAAGGUUGGCUUUGGUAGCCUGCUACCAACUAGCUUCUGUGUGAGGUUGUGACUGAAAGAGUGCGUUGCAAUAUAAUUUGUUGAUCAUGUUUGUGGGAAUAAAUGCAUUAUUAAAACAUUGUAUAAAGAUAUGGAGCUAUGUAUGUGGAUGUUCAAUAUUUUAUCCUUUUUUCAACACAUUAUUUUAUAAUUUUUCUACAUAACAGCAUGGCUUAAAUAAAACGAUGUUUAUUCUUAUAUUUACAGAUAUCCAAGUCUUGCCUGUGUGAUCUGGUGCUCUGCUGGUUUGUCAGCUGUCACAAGCGAUAUUUUCACUAUCUGUGAUUCUCUGAUCUACAACAUUUAUACAUAUAGUUAUUUAAUUUAUAAAGACACACAUAACCUAUUGAUAAUUGUCACACAUUUACAGAUUACACACACACAGAACUACAUACACUCACACGCUCACACUCACACACAGUUUUUUUUAAAUAAAAGUUGCCCAUCUCACUGCCAAGAUGCCCCGUGCGAAGUCCCACCGUCGUGCUCAGGCGGCCAAGCGGAGGAUUGCGGAGCGGCAGUCAUGGACCCCCGGGCCACCCAUCCCCGAGUUUGUUGCUCGGCGCGGUACUGGUUACCGUCAUCGUGUGCGGAGAUGGCGAACUUCGGAGCUGACCCACCGUCCCAUCAAGUUCGUCACUCCAGCACAGCGUUCGGACCAGCAGAUGGUGUUCGUCGUUGGGGACUCUCACCUGCGUGCCAUCGUGGACGGAUUUGUAAGUAUGCCACAGGGAUCUCUGUCUUUUUCUUUUCUCUCUGUUCCAGGUGGAGCGGCAGCUGACCUGAGGACAGAGGUGAUGCAUGCUUCCCUCCCGUGGACCCCGGACGCGGUCUGUGUGUGUGCCCCGAGCAACAACCUCACUGCCAGCAGGACCAUUGGUGAGGCAGCGUUGGACUUUGGUGCUCUCCUGACCACUGUCUGCAACCUCUGGCCCAAGGUGUUUGUGCUGGACUUCCCUCCACGCAUCAACACUGAUCCGGGCCUGCAGGACCUGCUGCGUCAGGAGUACCACCGUGUCACAGCACGCAUGGGUCUCUCAUAUGUGUCUGUGGCAGAGCACCCCCCUCUGCAUCGGUUGGAGCUGUGGUGCCACGACAGUGUGCACCUCAGCGACACCGAUGGCAUGCCGGUCAUGGUGGAGCUGCUGUGGGAUGCCGCGGUCCGCCAGCUGGUACCCCCUCCACCUGAGCCUCCGGUGUCUCCCCGGACGUCACCGCGUACCAGGGUUUCCCCCAGGCUGGUUGUGACGGGACACGUCCCCGUGCCUCGUCACAGCGAUCCCUGGGAGUGGACAGUUGUUGGACGGGAGUGCAAGGCUGGAACACCUACGGUGCGACAGUCUGCCAUCCCGUCCAACCCUGUGUGGUUCAGCGGUGCCAUGUUGGAUGCCAUGGAGAAGGUUUCGCCUUCUUCGGCCUCUGACUGCAUUGCUGCUCCAGCAGCUGGCCAGGCUUCCCCUGUGAAGCGUCAGCCGAGAGGUGUUGCCACGAGGAGCAGAGGAGGAAAGCGGCAGGUGUUGGCAACACCUUCACCUGCACGUGUGAUCGAGUCUGCCCCCAGGCCCAGCCCAGCAGUGCAGCAGGUGGAGGCGGCAGCCCAGGAGUUCUUGGAGGGGUCUGCACUGCUGUUGUCUGCUGGUGUGGUGCCAGAGGUGGUGGGGGAGGAGGAGGUUGCUGCAGCUUGCCCUGCCAUGGCGAUGCAGUCCACUGUUGAGGAGGGAGCACGUAUGCCACAGAAGAUCAGCAAAGCUAAGUCUAGUUUUUCUCCUUGUUUUUCUGUUUCUGAUGUUAAUACAGCUCAGUUAGGUUCCAACAGCAAUGUUGUGGAAAUGGUGUCUAAGAGUAGCAGAGGAAUUAUGUUUGUAAAGGUUGUUAGGGGGUCAUUUCACCAAGGAGAUGCGCGGUUUAUAUACGGAGGAUUGCAGUGUAUGGCUAUAGCUUUGGUCAGCUUAGCCAAACAUAUGGCGAGGAGUGUGUUCUUGUGGGAGAAGCAUGAUCUGGAUCGCGCAUUGGUUGUAGGUGAUGAGUUGUACAGCAGUUUGCGUGACCAUAGCAUCUUUAUGCAUCAGUCAGGUCUUUUGUCUGUUCCAGAUUUGCCACAGCAGUUAGAAAUUGAUGGACAGGUGCGUAACUUUACUUUUGGCGAUGUGGUGUUUGGUGAAGUUGGUGUGACUGAAGGUGAACUAGUUGAUUUUGGUGUGUUUAUCAGUCUACGUAAUGGACUGAAUAGGAUUUUCAGUCAGUACAGCGCAUGUCUUCUGACACUGUGUGGUAACACAUCUGCCAUCAUCUGUGAGAAUGGACACUUCGCUGUGGUCGACAGUCACUCACGCAGUAACAUUGGCUUGUUACACUGCAAUGGUACAAGUGUGGUUUUGCAUGUCUUGAUGACCUGCACCACUACAUUUGUUGUUUGGCGGACAGUGUCAGUUCAAGUCAGAAGUUGUACGAACUGUGUGGUGUUAUUGUUAAUGGAGGUGUAAAUCCAGUACCGUCUGGUAUUUCUGUGGAGAGUUGUGGGAUCAAAAUGAGUACAGUGCCAAGUCCAGAGU